AUUGGCGAUUAUAGCAAGUACACUAUUUCAGACGUUUUUUUGUAUUCGAGAAUCUUUUGACGUAAAACUUUGUCCAUUUUGAAAUCUUUGUUUUCUUCCACCGGUAGUAUUCUUUUCUUUCUUGCUGUCAUUGCCGAAGUUCUAUCUUCAUAAUGGGAGAGCGUGAAACUGUCUUGUGUGUCAAUGUCUACUCAACUAGUGCUACUUCUGAUAAUCUUUCGAGGCAUGAUAUGCUCAACUGGGUUAAUGAAUGUCUACAGAGUAAUUAUUCAAAAAUUGAAGAGCUCUGUUCUGGGGCAGCAUAUUGCCAGUUCAUGGACAUGCUUUUCCCAGGAAGUAUAUCUUUGAAAAAAGUGAAGUUUAAAACUCAACUAGAGCACGAGUACAUUCAAAAUUUCAAACUUUUGCAAGCAGCCUUCAAAAGAGUUGGUGCAGAUAAGCAUAUUCCAGUUGAUAAGCUAAUUAAAGGAAGAUUUCAAGAUAAUUUUGAGUUUCUCCAGUGGUUCAAAAAAUUUUUCGAUGCUAAUUAUGGCGGACAAGAUUAUAAUCCAUUAGAAGCACGAAAUGGUAUGGCAAUGGGUGUUGAUGGUCGAGGAGGUGGUGGAAUUAGUAAUAAAUCAGGAUCUCAGAAUAGACUCUCAACUACUUUAAAUGCUUCAAAAAAUAUUGCACGUGCAGCACCAUCACCACGAACAACUACUAAUGCUAGAAUUCCAACUCAAAGAGUAACUAACAGGAUUGGAGGUGGAGGAGGAGAUACCCAAAGAGUGGAAGAAUUAACAAAUCAGCUUUCUGAAAUGAAAGUCACGGUUGAUGGACUUGAAAGAGAACGUGAUUUUUACUAUGGGAAAUUGAGAGACAUUGAAGUUCUUUGUCAGGAACAAGAAGCAAGUGAAGAGAAGACAACAUUUAUUGAGCAGAUACUAGAAAUAUUGUAUGCCACUGAGAUAGCAGAUAAAAACUGUCAUUUGGUGCUAGCAAAACAAACAAGUUCUUCUUUAAACAAGGAUGGAUUUGCUGUUCCUGAUGAUGCUCCUGAAGAUGGUUUACCAUCUCAAAAUGAUGAAGAUGAAUAUUAGUCUGAACUCAAAUCAAAAUGCCCUAGUUAUGAGGGCAUGCCAAUGUUUUUGAAUGCUUGUUAUCCUUCAAGACCUUUCAUCUAUGUUUAACCGAGUGUUUUAAAUUUUAUGAAGAUUGUUGUAGUGUUAUUGGCACACUAACUUUCUUUAAUAUAAAUUCUCUAUUACCAUGCUUUCUUAUAUAAAAUUUUUAUCUGAUAUAGAAUAUCAAUUUUUAUUUUUGGAGAGUUAACAAUUAAAAAUAAUAAAAAAAUACUCUUCUUGGUGCAGGUUUAAAAUUGAAAGUAUAUAAUAAGCUUUUAUUUUAGUGUAAAACUAAGAAAAAUAUUCCUUGAUAAUUCAAUUAUGUAAGAUUUUUCUGUAAUCCCAUGAAGAUUGUUCAGAGAAUAUAUUGAUGUUUCUUUUCAAGUAAAAAAAUAUAUAAUUGAAUAAUUAAUAUAAUAAUUGAAAUUGAACACUUCUGUUUGCUUAUAAGAUUUUUAGAUAAAUUACGAAUUUAAUUUUUAUUGAAAUUCAUUUUUACAUUUUUGAAUUUUUAUUUGUUUUUUUUUUCUUGGUGAUAACACUAACAAUUGUUAAGAUUAAACUGUUAUCUGCACAGUGUUAGCUUUAUUAAGUAAGUGCUUGUUAAUAAGUUUUGUUUCUAAAUUUUGAAAAUUUUUAUGAAAUUAAAAUUUUUGUGAUUAAUUCCACAAUGUAUACCUUUUUGUAACACAAUACAAUUUUAUUCCUAUUUGUGUCAGCAAGUUAUUUUCUUGUUGAAAUUUGUAUUUGUGUUAUCUGUUUUAAAUAAAGUCUAAAACAUAUUUUGUAAAGCAGUUGUAAUAAAAUAAGUUACUUAAAACUUUUUGUUAUCAAUUAUUUAUUAGUUGGUUUUAAUUUUUGGUUUUUAUUGUUUAAAUUAUUCUGAAAUAUUUUGGGCUUAAAAAGAUUCUCAAUUUUGAAAGGAAAAAAAUAAUGAGUCUGUGAAAUUAUGAUAAUUAAUUUGUAUUAAGCUUAAAAUUAAUCUAGUUACUAUUUUAUUUUCAUCAAAUAAAAGUGACCUUUUAAAUUAUCAUUGUUGUAAGUAAUGUUAAGUUUAUUUGAAAAUAUUUUAUUAAUAGAACUUGAAAUAAUAAAUUUGUCACUAUGUAUAAAGUUUUGAUUUUAAAUGAACAAAGUUUUUAUUAGAUUGUCAUUGCUAGUAAGUUUGAAUUAUGGUUUUGAAAUGACACUCAUAAUGAGACUAAUAUAGAAAAGGGAGCAAUACAUGGUUUUAAUUCCCCCUUUUAUUUCAAUUAACUUAGCUACCCUGAUUAUUUUAAGUUUUCCAUUUAGAAAUAUAUGGAUGAAUUAAAACUUUAUGAUACUAUUUUUAAAAUUAUUUUUUAUUUAAAUAAUGAAUAGCUCUAUGUCAGUAAGUAGUUUUAAAUAUUAAAUUUUACAAAAUUCUUUAUUGAAAUAUCUAAAAAAAAUUACUUUAUAAAUGAAAUUUUUAUUUUACUUGAGUACUAUUAUUUUAAGUUCUUGUUUAAAAGAAAAUUAAAUAUUCAUGCUUCAUUUAAAUCACAUCAGCAAAUUGAGCUUAUUUAAAGUUUAGUAUAGGUUUUAGAUUUUUAAAAGUGAUAUGCAAAUUAGUUAAUGAUUAAGAAACAUUUUCAAUAAGAUCUGCUAUUAUUGCUUUAGAAGUACCUUAAAAAUAAAAUGUUAAUGUGCUUAAUUAUUCAAGCACUCUUUUGCUUAUUGAAUUGAGUCUUGUUUUAAAUAUCCAAUUAAACACAUUUUAAUAUUUGACCAUAAAUCUAUAGUUGAGAAAAAAUAAUAAAUGCUAUAGAGCUUACUAAUCUUUUUCUUACAUUCCAAGCUUGCUUGAGGGUAUUUUGUCUUCCCUUUCCACUUUUUAGUUUUGCAGUUUUUCAAAAAGUGAAAUUUUCUGAAGAUUGGUUGUUUAUGUGCAUUAAAUAUGUAAAUGAUUUUUAUUGGUCUGUAUGGUUAUCAAAUUAUUUUUAAAUAAAAACUGCAAUGCAGUGCUUGUGAAA